UAUAUAAACGAAAGCGUACGAGCAGCAGACAAACAGUUCCACUUGAUACUCGAAAGACGAUAGAACCCAGAGAGAUCUGCUCCACUCCCAUCAUGCAUUUGCUUAUGAGUCUCUUUGGAGUGCUGGCUGUGGUGCAGCAGCAGCUGGAGGUUCGGGCUGCCGCCUACAUCCCCGAUUCGGAUAGGAAUACGAAAACACUCCAGAAUGAUCUGCAGGUGGAGCGGGAUGGUAACUAUCGCUAUGCCUAUGAGACAUCCAAUGGCAUUUCCGCCUCCCAGGAGGGCCUCGGUGGCGUCUCCGUUCAGGGCGGCUCCAGUUACACCUCCCCCGAAGGAUCUGUGAUCAGUGUUAGCUAUGUGGCCGAUGAGACGGGCUAUCAUCCUGUGGGCGAUCACAUUCCCAAGGUGCCGGACUACAUCCUGCGCGCCCUAGAGUACAUUCGGACGCAUCCGUAUCAGGUGAAGGAUUACUAUACGGGCGAGCUCAAGCCAGUGGCCCACGAUGCAGCCGCUUUUAAUGUCUACAGCAGGAAUAUCCAGGAUCAGACGACGCCCCGUUCCCGUCCGAGUUCCACACCAAAGACCAUCUAUCUAACCCAUCCACCCACCAUUUCGGAUGCGACUACAUUGCGACCUCUUCGACAGCGACAAAGCGGUUCGAGACGUCGAUAAUCCGAUGAUCGGUGAUUGGUGAUUGGUGAUGGGGGGCAGGUCUCAAUAGAACACCAUGCAAAUCUGUGAAUUUCAAUCUUAACAAUUAAUUAAGCGACAAAAAUAAAUAAAUAUAGAAGUGCUAAGCAAAACAUAAGCUAGAAUGUGAAAACAAA